AUGGCUGACCUGUGGACUAUGUUUUGUGGGGAAUCCGCUUGUUCGGAUGAUGAGGGAAACCCUUGCGGCAGUGGUGUUACUGAACACAUGCUAGUGUUACUUCCUUCUUCAUGCAUCAACCAUGCCAUGAUCCUUUGUUUCGAUGUAAUACUUUUGAUCGUGUUCUUCCUCACUGUCACCCCGAAGAAAUUACUGUACAAGUCUGCGUAUAUUCCACUGAACUACCAUGGCACUACCCGUUGGCAUAUCAUAUCUGCAACUUUUAAUGGUGUCCUGGGAAUCGGGUACCUGUUCUUUGGUAUCUCAAUGUUUGCGAAAGAGAUGAGGAUGAGGCAGACGGCCUUACCUCUUCGUUGGUGGUUGCUAGCUCUGUUUCAGGGAGUAACACAGUUGCUACAGGGCUUGACUUGUAUCCUCAGGGGAGAACACUUUCCAAGAGUUCUGUUGCAGCUUUCAUGGAUCCUCUCCUUUUCAUUCUCUGGAAUCACUUGCACCUUAUCCCUCUGCGCCGCCAUUUUUAUUAAACAAGUGUCGAAAAAGGUGGCUUUCGAUGUGCUGUCUUUUCUAGGAACUAGUUUACUGUUGCUAUGCGCCAGCAAGGGCUACAAGGAUGAUGCACGAGGCGAUGAGAUUCUUUAUGCUCCCUGUGAGGCCUAUGGCAGCAGUAAAAUGGGGUCUGCAGUGACCAUCACUGCUUUAUCGAGAGCUAGCUUUUUCAGUCGCGUGUCCUUCUCGUGGCUCAACCCAUUGAUGAGCAAGGGCAGGGAGAAAAUACUUGACGAUGAAGAUAUGCCCAAAUUGUGCCGGGGAGAUAGAGCAGAGGCUUGUUACUCGCAGUUCAAGAAGCAACUCGAUAAGAGAAAACGACUUGAUCUGUUGUCUCCACCAUCUGUUUUGUGGGCACUAGUUUCAUGCCACCGGAAGGAGAUUCUGAUCUCUGGAUUCUUCGCCCUGCUAAAGGUCAUUACUCUCUCCUCCGGCCCACUGCUUCUCAAUGACUUCAUUGAGGUUGCUCAAGGCAAAGAAAAUUUCGAAAACGAGGGCUACGUGUUAGCCAUCUCAUUCUUCUUUCUAAAGAGCAUAGAGUCCUUGGCACAAAGGCAAUGGUACUUUCGGAGCAGGCUUAUCGGUCUCAAGGUGAAAUCUGUACUAACAGCAACCAUAUACAAGAAACAACUAAGACUAUCCAACGCCGCCAAAAAGAAGCACGCAGCUGGUGAGAUAACAAACUAUGUAACCGUGGAUGCUUACCGGAUUGGGGAAUUUCCUUUCUGGUUUCAUCAAACUUGGACAACUGCCCUCCAGCUCUGCUUUGCUCUGGCAAUCUUGUUUCGUGCAGUUGGGCUCGCCUCAAUCGCAUCCUUGGUGGUGAUAAUCAUCACUGUUGCCUGCAACUACCCACUUGCUGAAUUGCAGCAUAAGUUCCAGACUAGGCUCAUGGUGGCCCAAGAUGAGAGGCUGAAGGCCAGUUCGGAGGCUCUUGUGAACAUGAAGGUGCUCAAGCUAUAUGCUUGGGUAGGGCAUUUCCAGAAUGUUAUAGAAGACUUAAGGGAGGUGGAAUAUAAAUGGUUAUCAGCAGUUCAGUUAUGGAAAGCAUACAACGGCUUUCUCUUCUGGUCAUCCCCUGUGCUGGUCUCCGCAGCCACCUUUGGCGCGUGCUACUUUCUCAACGUGACAUUGCACGCUAGCAACGUUUUCACGUUCGUGGCAGCUCUACGCCUUGUUCAAGACCCGGUUAGAUCCAUCCCUGAAGUAAUCGGAGUGGUCAUUCAAGCGAAAGUUGCAUUCUCUAGGAUUGUGAAGUUUCUUGAGGCACCCGAGCUGGAGAAUGCAAAGAUCCGACAGAUACAAAUGGAAAGCCACGCCGUUAUCAUCAAAUCUGCAGAUUUUUCAUGGUUGGAGAAUCAUUCAAAGCCCACCCUCACAAAUAUCAACUUAGAAGUUAGGCCCGGUGAGAAGGUGGCUAUAUGUGGAGAGGUUGGCUCUGGCAAAUCAAACCUGCUCGCUGCAAUCCUUGGAGAAGUUCCCAGUACUAGGGGAACAAUUCAAGUAUAUGGUAAGAUCUCGUACGUUUCUCAAUCAGCAUGGAUUCAGACUGGGACUAUACGCGAGAACAUUUUGUUUGGAUCUGCCAUGGAUGAUCAGAGAUACCAAGAUACAUUGGAAAAGUGUUCCUUACUGAAGGAUCUCGAGUUGCAACCCUUUGGAGAUCUCACUGAAAUUGGGGAAAGAGGAGUUAAUCUCAGUGGUGGUCAGAAGCAGCGGAUCCAACUGGCCAGGGCAUUGUAUCAGGAUGCCGAUGUAUAUCUACUGGAUGAUCCGUUCAGUGCUGUUGAUGCGCAUACCGCCACGAGCCUAUUUAAUGUAACUACUUUCUUUAGUUUUGUUCUGCAAUUCUACUCAUCAACUUACUCUGAAGCUCACCUAUCGUCACAGGAGUACGUGAUGGAGGCUCUUUCAACCAAAACAGUCUUGCUCGUUACCCAUCAAGUUGAUUUCCUUCCCGCUUUCAGCUCUGUUCUGUUGAUGUCAAAUGGAGAAAUCAUACAUGCUGCUCCUCACCAUCAGUUGCUGGAUUCAAGCCAAGAAUUCCGGGACCUAGUCAAUGCUCACAAAGAGACUGCAGGCACUGAAAGGCUGGCAGAGGCAGCAGUUUGUUCCCAAAAGCCCAAAACUUCUGCCAAAGAGACCAAAACAAAUCGCUUUGAGAAUAAAUCUAAGACACCCGAAGGUGACCAGUUGAUUAAGCAAGAGGAAAGAGAAGUAGGAGACACUGGUUUAAAGCCUUACAUACAGUACCUAAGUCAGAACAAAGGCUUCAUGUAUUUAUCCAUUGCCAGUCUCUGUCACCUCGCAUUUGUGAUUGGCCAGAUACUGCAAAACUCUUGGAUGGCCGCUAAUGUCGACAACCCUCUUGUUAGCACAUUAAGAUUGAUUACAGUCUACUCGGUGAUCGGUUUUGCUUCAACGCUAUUUUUGUGUUGUAGAUCUCUGUCUGUGGUUGCUUUGGGUUUGCAAUCGUCAAAAUCCCUAUUCGCACGCCUAUUAAGAUCCCUUUUCCGUGCUCCUACAUCAUUUUAUGACUCCACACCAUUGGGAAGAAUACUGAGUAGAGUCUCAUCUGAUUUAAGCAUCAUUGAUCUCGAUAUUCCAUUUUGCCUUAUGCUCAGUGUUGUGGCUACCAUAAAUACCUAUGCUAAUCUUGCCGUGCUAGCAACUGUCACCUGGCAAGUCCUGUUUGUCUUCAUUCCAAUGGUUUAUUGGUCUAUUCGCUUGGAGAUGUACUAUUUUGCCUCCGCGAAGGAAUUGAUGCGUAUUAAUGGCACGACCAAAUCCUUGGUCGUAAACCAUCUUGCCGAGUCCAUAGCAGGGUCCAUGACAAUAAGAGCUUUCGAGGAGGAGGAUCGGUUUUUCGCCAACAAUCUUGAGCUCAUUGACAUCAAUGCGAGUCCAUUUUUCCACAGUUUUGCAGCAAAUGAGUGGCUGAUCCAGCGGCUUGAAACGCUUUGUGCAAUUGUUCUCUCCUCAUCAGCACUCUGCAUGGUUUUGCUUCCUCCCGGAACCUUCAGUUCUGCUCUUGUUAAUGCAGGAUUCAUCGGAAUGGCUCUAUCCUAUGGCCUCUCAUUGAACAUCUCCCUUGUUAUUUCGAUUCAAAACAAAUGCACUCUGGCAAACAACAUUACAUCUGUAGAAAGGCUCCACCAGUGCUUGCACAUACCCAGUGAAGCUCCUGAAGUGAUAGAGGAGAACAAACCCUCCGUCAACUGGCCAACCGUAGGUAAAGUGGAGAUUCAAGAUCUGGAGAUCAGAUACAGGCCCAACGCACCACUGGUUCUCCGCAGGAUAACCUGCACAUUUGAAGGAGGACACAAGAUUGGCGUUGUUGGAAGAACGGGCAGUGGGAAGUCAACUCUGAUUGGCGCUUUGUUUCGCCUUGUGGAGCCUACAGGAGGCAAGAUUCUGGUAGAUGGAAUUGACAUAUCGAAGCUUGGAUUACAUGAUCUGAGGUCGAGGUUUGGGAUUAUACCACAAGAGCCCACCCUCUUCAGUGGAACAUUGAGAUACAAUUUGGACCCCUUGUCUCACCAUACUGAUCAAGAAAUAUGGGAGGUUAUUGGGAAGUGUCAACUUAGAGAAGCUGUUCAAGAACAAGAAGUGGGGUUAGACUCUGUGGUUGUCGAUGAUGGUUCCAACUGGAGCAUGGGACAGAGGCAACUGUUCUGCUUGGGACGAGCCCUUUUGAGAAGAAGCAAGAUUCUGGUGCUGGAUGAAGCAACUGCAUCGAUCGACAAUGCGACUGACUUGAUCUUACAGAGAACCAUCAGGACAGAGUUUGCUGAUUGCACUGUGAUCACAGUGGCUCAUAGAAUACCAACUGUGAUGGAUUGCACAAGGGUUCUAGCUAUCAGUGAUGGGAGAGUGGUAGAGUUUGAUGAGCCAAUGAAGCUGAUGAAUAGGGAAGGCUCAUUGUUCGGGCAGCUUGUUAAGGAAUACUGGUCUCAUUCUCAGCCGGCAGAAUUACAUGAAUAUGCAGUUUCACAAGGGGGGAGAGACAGAGUAUGAUGCAUGAACUCGAAUAUGAGUGUUCGAGUUUGGGUGUUGGAUAAGACUAUGUGCCAAUGGUAGAAUCAGGAGCUUAGGUCGGGGGCAGGUUUAAGUCUCAAAUCUGUAUACUAAAUUUUUUUAGCAUUACUCAGUUGCUCCCUAUUAUUUUUUAUUUUAGGAGACAAAUGUUUGAGGAUAUAAUAAUUUAUAUCCACAACAUCAA